AUUUUUGAGAAAUAAACAAAGAGAUUUUGGUAAUGUGUGGGUGAAGGCCUUACAAGUCGUAAGGCGAGAGUCAGCAGAAUCUGUGCUUUAUCUCUGAUCAUAUUUUUAGACGAAACCAUUGCGUAUCUUUGGUUUUAAAAGCUGGAUGUUACACUCAAAGAGGGCAAUACAUUCUAGUAGAGUUAUCAUAGCAUGUCUUACUGUUUAUUCUUGAGAGAGGAAUCAUAAGCUAAGAUGUCUACAGGAACCCUAUUGCCAACGACACAAUUCUUUAUAAAAGACCAAGAUUACUACCUGGGAUAAGAUAUUUAUGUUUUGAUAGUUGUAUUUAUGACUUGGUAAUACAAUUUUCAUUUGUAAGAAUGAAACAGUGAUCAAGCCGCCGCUUUUCUCCUCAACAAAUCUCAAAAUUAUUAAAAUAAGGAAUAAAAAUCACUU